UCCAGUGGCCCAGCGGGGGCUGAGGGACCUCUCGGACCCUCCUCGCCCGGCCCCACCCUGCUGGGCCCCGCCUGCUCUCGGUGGCUGCUGCUGCCGCCGUCGCCGCCUGGGGAAAGCUGGAGGAUGAGCUGAGUCUCCGCAGUUGUCACUGUCUCCACCGCUACCUACAGGGUGUGGUGUCUGCCUGAAGAACAUUGCACUUUAAAAGGAAAGAUGCUGUCUCCAAAUGAUAAAAAGUUAGAAAAGCUAGAUCCGUUUUACCGACCUUCAGUGUCCGAGCAGAAGACUAGUGCAGAAAUCAUAAGUGAAGCACGAAAUGCUUUAAGAACUGUUAGGACCCAAAGACCAUUUACACCACGGGAAGACCAAAGAAAACUAUUUGGACGUGCAUCUUCAAGAACACCAGAAAAUAGACCCCCGUCUUCCUUCAGCGUCCAUGCAUCCAGUUUUGAGUCCUCUGAUUCCAGGCCCAUCUUUGGCACACGUCUCAGUCCACUAGAGCUUAAACCAAAAGCUCCAGCAUCUCCUGCCACAGAAGAGGAUCCCUGCCCUUCCUUUCCAAAACCCCCAGUGGACCCCACGAAGAUUAGAAGGAUAAGCAGUGCCCGGGCGCGCUUACACAGGGCGGCCUUGCAGGGGGCUCUUCUGCCAGACGUGACCCUUCCUCCUGCUCAUCCAAAGAGAGUGGAAUCCAAAGAAACAGUUACGAUGGGGGACUCUAUGGUGAAAAUACAUGGGAUUUAUUUAACAGAAUCAAAUGCCAUUGGCCACUUGAGUCACCCACCUCAGCUAACGUACGACGGAGACUUCGGUGAAAUCAAGGAGCAAGAAAUUUUCAAAGGGGCAGCAUCCUUGCCAUCUCAUCUCAGAAGGGGAAGGGACCAGGGGAAGAGGCGUUCAGGGGCCUCCUUAUGCUCCCGAAGCUCAGACCGGAGCAGGCUAGACACCAAAACAGACUCAAAACUCGACUUGCAAGAAAAAGAUACAGAAAUAGAAGUAGGUGAAGUCUUUUGGAAUACAAGGAUCGUACCGAUUUUGCGUGAAUUAGAAAAAGAAGAAAACAUUGAAACGGUUUGUGCUGCUUGCACACAGCUUCACCACGCUUUAGAGGAAGGAAACAUGCUUGGAAGUAAAUUUAAGAGAAGAAGUAUUCUCCUGAAGACCCUAUAUAAACUUGUUGAUGUUGGUUCAGACAUGCUGAGCCUUAAACUUGCAAAAAUUAUUCUAGCACUUAGAGUGAGUGGAAAGAAUCUUCUUAAUGUCUGCAAGCUUAUAUUUAAAAUUAGCAGGAGUGAGAAGAAUGAUUCUCUGAUUCAAAAUGAUGGCAUUCUGGAAUCAUUAUUGGAGGUCCUGAGAAGUGAAGAGCUGCAAGCUAACACCGAGGCUUUCUUAUACUGCAUGGGGGUGAUCAAAUUCAUUUCUGGAAAUCCAGGAUUUCUUCAUGAAAUGAUUGGCAAAGGUGCUGUAGAAAUAUUGAUGAAUUUGAUGACACAAAUAAAUGAGAACACCAAGAAGUCUGGUACAUGUUUGCCUAAUUCAGGCCACUUGUUAGUCCAAAUGACUGCUACGCUGAGAAACUUGGUUGACUCACCACUAGCAAGAAGCAAGUUGCUAAGCAUCAGUGCCCUUCCCCAGCUCUGCACGGUGAUGGGACAGUACAUAGGUGACAAGGAGGUCUGCACCAAUGUUGCCAGAAUAUUCAGCAAAGUUACUACUUAUCAUGACUGCUGUGUAGCCUUGGCCAACUACUCCAGAUGUUAUGCCUUGUUUUUGAAUCUGAUAAACAAAUACCAGAAGAAGCAGGAUUUAGUCGUUCGUAUUGUUUUUAUUCUUGGCAACCUGACAGCGAAAAAUAACCAGGCUCGUGAGCAGUUUUCCAAAGAGAAAGGGAGCAUCCCAACUCUGCUGUCUUUAUUCCAUACAUUCUACAAACUGGAUCUGCAUUCCCAGAAGCCCCUGGGGGAAGGAGAAGAGAGGCCCAAGGCGCCGAGGCCGGCCCAGGCAGAGGACGUACUCAUCAAGCUGACCCGCGUGCUCGCCAACCUGGCCAUCCACCCUAGCGUGGGCCCAGCCAUCGCCGCCCACCCGCGCAUCGUGGGCCUGCUCCUCGCCAUGCUGGAAUCUAAGUCCAUUGAUGAUUGUGAGGAGCUGGUGAUCAACACUACGGCAGCGAUCAACAACUUGUCUUACUACCAAGUGAAGAAUUCCAUAAUUCAAGACAAAAAGCUAUAUAUUGCUGAAUUGCUCUUAAAGCUCCUUGUGAGUCACAACAUGGAUGGAAUCCUGGAGGCUGUGCGCGUUUUUGGAAAUCUCUCCCAGGACCAUGACAUCUGUGAUUUCAUUGUGCAGAAAAAUGUUCACAAGUUCAUGAUUGCUCUGCUGGAUGCUAAGCGUCAGGAUAUUUGCUUUUCUGCCUGUGGUGUUCUUCUAAACCUCACCGUGGAUACAGACAAGCGUGUCAUCCUAAAAGAAGGAGGUGGCAUUAAAAAGUUAGUGGAUUGUUUAAGGGAUUUUGGUCCCACUGAUUGGCAGCUGGCCUGCUUGGUGUGCAAAACUUUAUGGAACUUCAGUGAAAAUAUCACCAGUGCUUCGUCAUGCUUUGGAGAUGAGGCCGCCAACACACUCGUAGUCCUGCUCUCAUCGUUUUUAGAUGAAGAACUAGCACUGAAUGGGAGUUUUGACCAAGACCUAAAAAACUAUCACAAACUACAUUGGGAAACAGAAUUCAAACCGGUGGCACAGCAGCUUCUAAACCGAAUUCAGAGUCAUCACACCUUCCUGGAACCCCUGCCUGUUCCUUCUUUCUAACAUGAUGCAGAUUAACAACAGAAACAGGAAGUCAGGUCUCCUUCAUUCUUAAGAAGUGGCAACAUAUGUGAACUUUUUUUCAGUAUUAACAAAUAUUGAAAGUUUUUCAGGUACUGAUUUUAGUGAGUAGUCUUAGUAUUUUAAAAGAAAUAAGCAUUUCUUCUUGUUAGGUAUUAUGGAAAAAUGAAUAUACAUUUUGUACUUUCUGCUAUGAGAAAUGUAAGAUGAAAAUAUAUGCAUGGGAUUUCUAAGUAAAUGACUUUUUCUUCUAUUCUCUAUUAAAUAAUUUAGUUCUAGUCUUAAAA